GCAGCAGCAAGGUGGAUUUAGGGCUGGCUCUAUUGUUCCUUGUGUUAUUGGUGCCAAACAUCAUUGUUCCUCAUCAAGGAGCCAGGAAGGAAAGAGAGACAGAGAAGAGCCAGUCCAGUCCAGUCCAGUCCUCCGUCCUGCAUCCACCAGGAUUGCCUCUUGGAUACGCUGGGGUGGACAAAAGCAAAGCAGAAGAAGGCACGCACGCGGGCGCGCGCAGCACACACUUGAGUUGAUCUUCACCUCGUGGCUGCCUUGGCUUCUUCUUUUUAUCUGCAUUGGGAAGUACAGUGCCUGCUGAGCCAGCCAGCCAGCCAGCCAGCCAGCCAGCCAGCGAGCGGUGGCUGGCAGUGGCCAUCGGGCUGUUGGGAAGAUGGGGGUGCUGAAAAGGGGAGCCUUGCUGUGGAGCUUCUUAGCGCUGCUCUUUCUCUCCAUCUGGGAGCUGGAUGCACAGGCAGCAGUGGCAAUUAAAGCCACCUACAUUUGGCAAACAGGUGCGUGGGGUCGAUGCAUGGGCAGCGAGUGCGGUCCGGGAGGCAGCCAGAGCCGAGCGGUGUGGUGCGCUCACUCCGAAGGCUGGACCACCCUCCAAACAAACUGUAACCAGACGCAACGGCCCGACAACCGCCAAAAGUGCUUUCGCGUGUGCGACGGCCACAAGGAGCUCUACGACUGGCAAGUGGGCGCAUGGACCCCAUGCCUGGCCGUGCGCGGCGCGGGAGGGCGCUCCCCCGCCGCCCUCUGCGCUCGGGGCGAGGAGGGCGUACAGAGCCGCGACGUGGGCUGCGUCCACAAAGUGGACGGCCGACCGGCGGAGGAGGCCAUCUGUGAAUACUUUGAACCCAAACCCCGCCUGGAGCAGGCCUGUCUUAUCCCCUGCCCUCGGGAUUGCGUCCUGUCCGAGUUUAGUCCGUGGACGCCCUGUUCCAAGACUUGCGGCAUGGGCUUGCAGAACAGAAUUCGCGCCGUUCUGGCCCCGCCCUUAUUCGACGGCGCCGCCUGCUCUAACCUGACCGAGUUUCAGACGUGCCAACCGGGACCCUGCCAGGGAGAGGAGAGCCUGUACAGCCUGAGAGUCGGGGCCUGGGGCCCCUGCUCCGUGCCCGUCGUCUCCAGACAGGCCAGACAAGCUGAGGGAGGAAGUCAUCCAGCGGCCAAAAAGGGAGGCCAAAAACAAGCCGCAAGACUGGACAAACACAGGAGAGAGGGGCUCCAACGGCCCAAAGAGGCGGACAUGCAGAAGGAUCAACUUCCCCGGCAGGCAGACAAAGCGCCAGCGAGGAAAUGGAGCAAGGUGAACGCAAAAGCCCACAGAGCGCCGGAGCGGCAGAGAAAGGCCAAAAACAAAGAGAAACGGGAGAAGAACAAACUCACCCGAGAGAGGUUGAGGGAGAAGGCAAAGGCUAAGGAUCCCGAGACCCGAGAGCUCAUCAAAAAGAGACGCCACAGGAACCGUCAGAACCGCCCAGGAGGCAAGUUCUGGGAUUUGCAAAUUGGGUACCAGACCAGAGAAGUCUCCUGUGUGCAUAAGAGUGGCGCUGUUGAGGCUCUAAGUCUGUGCUCGCACCAAUCGCUGCCAGUCACCUUCCAAGCGUGCGUCGUCACCAAAGACUGCAACGUGACCCAAUGGUCCCAAUGGUCGGCUUGCUCCAAGGACUGCGCCGGGCCCGAGGGCCAGCGGACCCGCGCUCGAAAAGUCAGCCAGUUCUCCGUGGGAGGAGGGACCCGGUGUCCCGAGCUGGAAGAGAAGGAGCCGUGCAAUCCUCAAGGAGAAACGCUGGCGCCACCCUGCAUUGCUUACACGUGGAAGAGCACCGAGUGGUCCGAAUGCAGGGUGGACGCGUUGCUGAGCCAACAGGACCGGCGGAGAGGAAACCAGACUGGCUUGUGCGGAGGUGGCAUUCAGUCUCGAGAGGUUUACUGCGUCCUGGCCGCUGGAGAUCCGCCGUCCCACCUCGCGAGCAAAGAAGCACUGCGACCAGUCAACAGUGAUCUGUGUGUGGGCAUUCCCCCCAACACCACCCAGCUCUGCCACAUCAACUGUCCGGUGGAGUGUCGGCUUUCGUCUUGGAGUGCCUGGGGACCGUGCACCUAUGAAAAGUGCCAGGAUCAAAGUGCAAAGAAAGGCUUCAAAAUGAGGAAGCGUCAAAUCGUCAACCAUCCGACAGGCGGCACAGCAAAUUGCCCGCACUUAGUGGAGGCCAUACCGUGCGAAGAGCCCAGAUGCUACGAGUGGCUUGUGCUCAAGCUGGAAGAGUGCGUCCCUGACAAUGACAGGGAAUGUGGACCCGGAACACGCAGUCCUCAAGUUCAGUGUGUCAACACUGACGGCCAACGUGCCGAGACGCAACUUUGCCGCGAUGCCAUCCUGCCCAUGCCGGUCAUCUGCGAGGUGCCUUGUCCAAAGGACUGCGCCCUCAGCACUUGGACCCAGUGGUCCCCGUGUUCCCACACCUGCUCUGGAAAAAGUACGGAAGGCAAGCAGAGCAGAGCGCGCUCCAUUUUGGCCUACAAUGCAGGAGAGGGUGGAAUCCAGUGCCCCAAUAUCAGUAGCCUGCAGGAGGUGAGGAGCUGCAACCAGCACCCGUGCACGGUGUACCACUGGCAGACGGGCAUCUGGGGACAGUGCACAGAGGACUCCUCCAUCCCAGCGACCAACGCAUCCAUAGACCGGUCCUCGUGCUCUGUCGGGAUGCAGACUCGCAAGGUCAUCUGCGUCCGGGUUAACGUGGGCCAGGUUCCGCCCAAAAAGUGUCCAGAGAGCCUGCGCCCAGACACGGUCAGGCCCUGCUUCUUGCCUUGCAAAAGGGACUGCUUGCUCAGCCCGUACAGUGAGUGGAGCCCCUAUCCGUCAACAUGUCCAAAAGGUGGCAAGACAAAGCAAUACAGAAAACGUGUCGUCAUCCACUUCCCAGCCAAUGGAGGACAGGAGUGUCCAGAAGUGCUGACACAAGAGCGAGAGAGUGAUGCUCCUUCUGUCUGUCCAGGAUACAGAUGGAAAACGCAUAAAUGGCGAAGAUGCCAAAUGGUUCCAUGGUCAGUCCGUCAGGACAGCCCUGGGGCUCAGGAAACCUGUGGAUCGGGCCUACAGGUUCGAGCCGUGUCAUGCCGGAGGCAGGAUGGUGGGCAGGCGGAUAUCGAAGCUUGUCUGAAGUUCUUCAGGUCCAUGCCGCCUCUCACCCAGCUCUGCCAGCUGCCCUGCCAGGAGGACUGCCAAUUGAGCAACUGGUCCAAAUUUUCCCCUUGCACAGCCGACUGUGUGGGGGUCAGGGUCCGCAAACGCACGCUUGUGGGUAAGAGCAAGAAGCGAGAGCAGUGUAGGAACCACCAGAUGUAUCCCCUGAGUGAGACUCAGUACUGCCCGUGCAACAAAUACAACGCCCAGCCCGUGGGCAACUGGUCCGACUGCAUACUUUCCGAGAGCGGCCGCGCCGAAGGACAACUGGGCCUGAAGGUCCAGGGCGAUAUCAAGGAGUGCGGUCAAGGCUACCGAUACCAAGCUAUGGCUUGCUAUGACCAGGAUAACCGCAUUGUAGAGACUUCACGUUGCAACAGUCAUGGACACAUCGAGGAGGCUUGCAUCAUUCCCUGUCCGUCCGACUGCAAACUCAGCGAGUGGUCCAAUUGGUCACGAUGCAGCAAGUCGUGCGGCAGCGGCGUUAAAGUUCGAUCCAAAUGGCUCCGAGAAAAACCAUACAACGGUGGGAGGCCUUGCCCCAAACUUGACCACGUCAACCAGGCACAAGUUUAUGAAGUGGUGCCAUGUGUCAGUGACUGCGGCCAGUAUAUUUGGCUGGUAGAGCCAUGGAGCGGAUGGAAGGUUAGCAGCGUGGACCUGAAGAACAACUGCGGCGAAGGUGUGCAGACCAGAAAAGUCAGGUGUAUGCUGAACACCGUCGACGGCCCCUCGGAGCAGGUGGAGGACUACCUGUGCGAUCCGGAGGAGAUGCCUGUGGGCGCUCGCAACAGCCAGCUUCCCUGUCCAGAGGACUGUGUCUUAUCAGACUGGGGAGCCUGGAGUCCAUGCCCAUUGCCCUGUGACGGGAACAGUACGCGUGAGAGGAGGGCUUAUCCAAUCAGGCAGCCCGGAAAGGACAAGGAGUGCCCUUUGAGCACUCAAGCGGUGUUUUGCAAACUCAACAGCAAUUGCUUCCACUACUCGUACAACAUCACAGAUUGGAGUACUUGUCAGCUGAGUGAUCGAGCGGUCUGCGGAAAUGGGAUCAAAACCCGCAUGCUGGACUGUGUGCGGAGUGACGGCAAAUCUGUUGACCUAAAGUUCUGUAAAGAGCUUGGUCUGGAGAGGAAGUGGCAAAUGAACGCCUCUUGUGUCGUGGAGUGCCCCGUCAACUGCCAACUGUCCGAGUGGUCGGCAUGGUCCGACUGCACGCGUACGUGCGGACUCCGAGGCAAGCUGUGGAGAAGACGGACAGUCAUCCAGGCUCCCCAGGGCGACGGGCGGCCGUGCCCGAGCCAGAUGCAGCAGUGGAAGCCGUGCCUCGUGAAGCCCUGCUACAGCUGGAGAUACAGCGGCUGGUCCGAAUGCAAGUCUGAGGGUGCGAGAUGUGGCCAAGGCUUGCGCUUCAGGAACAUUUCAUGCUUGGUGUCGGACGGAAGCCAUCUCCCAGGGAGUCUGGUGGACGACGAGCUGUGUGGAGACCAAGAGCCCGUGGUGGAAGGCGAUACGCACGUCGUACUGCAGGAGUCCUGCACGGUUCCGUGUCCGGGGGAAUGCUACCUGACAGACUGGACAGUUUGGAGUCUGUGCCAGUUAAGCUGCGUUGGUGGGGACGAUCUGGGCUUUGGCUCCGUGCAGGUCCGCUCUCGAGCUGUUGUGGCUCAAGACCCUGAGAAUCUGCUUCAGUGUCCGGAACAGGAGCUGGAGGCCCGGCCGUGUACAGAGGGCCAGUGUUUGGAAUACGCCUGGCGAGCGGCACCGUGGAGAGGCUCGUCGCGGCACGUCUGGUGCCAGCGCUCGGACGGGCUCAAUGUCACAGGCGGGUGCCCGAGCGCAGCCAAGCCGACGGCCGAGCGAUCCUGCCACCCGCCCUGCACCGAGCCGCGUUCCUUUUGUACAGAGUCGGGCGUUUGUGGCUGCGAGGAGGGCUACACAGAGGUUAUGACCUCUGACGGACUACUAGACCAGUGCACGGUCAUCCCAGUGCUGGAGAUCCCCAGUGGCGGUGACAACAAAGCAGACGUCAAGACCAUCGUGGCCUUCAACCCCACCCGGCCACCGGCAGUCAGCCUACCGGGCAGGGUGGGCCGCACCUGGUUCCUGCAGCCUUUCGGUCCAGAUGGAAAGCUGAAGACCUGGGUAUAUGGCGUAGCAGCAGGAGUUUUUGUUCUUCUCGUCUUUAUAAUGUCAAUGACUUACUUGGCAUGCAAGAAGCCAAAGAAAGCACAGCGACGACAGAUGAACAACAGACUGAAGCCACUGACGCUGGCCUAUGACGGAGACGCCGACAUGUAGGAGGAGCGUGGAAAAGGCUUGAGCUAUCAACUCGUCUCCUUAGCAGAUUUGCUUUCCUCCACGGUACGCUCUUCUUGUUUUGCUUUCACAAAAGCCUUUCCGACUUGAUUUGACUUCCGACGUGUGGAGGUUUGCCUUUUUCAGGCACGUUUGUCCUGCUAAGCUCCAUUGUUCUUUUGGUCACAAGAGAAAGGGACGGAGCAUUUUGAAUUUCACACACUUUUUUUCGUUGAACUUUUGUAUUUUUUUAUUUUUUUAUGAUCUCAUCUUUCUUUCUUUCCUUCCGUCAUUUUUGUUUUGUUCCGGGCAUCAUUUUGCACUAUAUUAGUGCAGCCGGUUGUAGUCGUAUGUCUGGCCUCCACACAAGAAAUGGCCGGUCUGUCCAGAAAAUGCAUUGAAGAAAUGCCAAUGUAAAUGAUGAUUCUCAGCAUCCCUUUCAAACAUGUACAGGUGCCGUACGGUGGUUGUGGAAGAGCAAAUCUUUUGUCUCAUUUCCUCACACUGGUGCAUUUCCCACCACCAAAGCGAAUCUCCAAAAGUUUGCACUUACUUACCGAGUUUGACUUUGGACAGCGCUCACGAAGGAAAAGUUUGAAGGUUUUGUGCGAUGAUGGUCUCAUUUAGUUGCACGAGUCUUAAUUGCGUCGAAAAGCACCGGAGACUGGUCCGAGUUCCCGCAACGCCGCAUCUUUUCACGGGAUGCCUGCCGCCAGGGAGACGCCUGGGAUAUUCUCGUUUUGUAAGCCUCAAGGUGGGUGACCUUCGGGUCCGAGGGAGCCGCUGUCCCGCCUGUUUGGGAAGCGACAAAGCAGGUCAGACUUUGACCUCAUUUGACUGCUCCUUUGGAUGCUUGACAUCGGUCCAUCCAUCCAUCGAACGUCUUUGUUUGCCACCGUCCCAUAAUCGAUGACUGAGCUUGAAGAUGCAGUUGCAAAUCUCAUUGUCAAGCUUUGCCAAUGGAUAUUAUCAAAGAAGCAGUGUACAUUGUAUUCAUUGUCAACGGCCCGGCCCGCUGUGCCGGCGGUAACUUCACGGAAUGUUUCCUUUCUGUUUGCUUUAUUAGGAGUUGUAGGGACUGGGACUUUUUUGUACUGCAAAAGGAAUAAAUGCCCAGCCAAUGCCAGUAUACCAACGUGGUGGAAAAAUGAAGUUUGUUCUUUCCUACUCUUUGUAUGUCUUUGAAUAAUUGCUGAUAAUAAACCCCGAGAAAAAGAA